GGCAAAUGUCAGGUUGCAUUUGAACCAUCUCGAUGUCAUUUUGAAUUCGGAAAUUUUUAUCCUAAAAGUGUUUUUUUUUAAGAAAUACUGCAGUUUUUUCAAUUGUGAAUGAUCUAACGUCGAGAAAGCAGAAUGCGACUAGCACAACUACUGCUAACAUGGACUUUUACUCUGUCGGUAAUCCUGAUCUUGGUAGAUGGUCAAGCUGGCAGCAGAGUCACUUUUCAGGAUGAUACUUCGGAAGGAAGUUCUGCAGCAAGUGAGGAGGCGCCGAGUUUUGAAAACCAAGGUUCAGAAGGUCGACAAUCGGUAAAUAGAACAAGACAGGGGAAGGAUCUUUUCGAUUGGAUAGGUCUUGGUACUGGACGUCAUGUCGAUCCUUACUUGGCAAGGGCAAAUGAAGCUUGUCUAAAUGGUGACUUUGCAGAAUGCUUCAAAUCCCGCGCACUCAACACCUUUUCUGAAUUUUUUGAUCAGCCGGAAUACAGUCUCAGCGAAAAUGUUAAAGUUAUCAGAAUGCCUAGGGACAUUGUUCAGAAUGUAAAUAAACAACCUUACGAAUAUGCGAGUUCUGCUAGAUCAGACGAUUCAGAAUGGGACCAAUUAAUAAAAUUUGCAGCAAGAAAAGCAGAAAAAUUUGUGAAGACUGUAGCAUUCAAAGUGGAUAUUCCAUCUUGGGUUGUUGGUGAGAAUGAAGUUUAUGCUCCUAGAUUCAUAGACGAGAUUGCGGAUGAAAUUGACACCAUUGAAAAUAAGAAAGACACUCUGUUUUCUCGAAAUCGUCUGAAGAGACUCCUGAUCCCCAUGCUGAUCGUUUUGAAGCUUUUCAAGUUGAAGCUUCUGCUCUUUCUUCCUUUGAUCCUGGGUCUGGCGUCUUUCAAGAAAUUCCUGGGAUUCAUGGCGAUUGUAAUACCAGGAUUGAUAGGAUUCUUCAAGCUCUGCAGACCAUUGACAAACACUUACCAGCCUCCAGCCUACACGCACAGUGGCGUUGGAUUUCCGCAUUAUAAGGAAAGUACAAAUCAGGGUUUCAUAGACCAUGGAAGCUAUGCACCAGCUUAUCAUGAUAAUCAUCAUGCUGAUAGCGUAUCAUUCGGACAGGAUCUUGCUUAUCAAGGAUACAGAGAUUAUCAGCAGUGAAGUAAUAAUUAGAAACAGAACUCCAUUUCAAGUCUGGUAAAGAAAACGUUUGUUUUAUUUUUAUUUUUUUUUUAUUUUUUGUAUAGCAUUGUAAAAAUAUUUAAAAGCAGCUUGUUCUGGUCAGCGCUAGACCCUGACAAUCUUGACAAGAUAGGUUUUUGAGCGCUAUCUUACAAACGAAAAAUAAUUUUUCCAUCAAUUUUGUAAUUUGAUCGUUUGCUCAUAAAGUAGGAAAUAUUUUCCAUGUGUGACUAGUAUAAGCUGAACUAAAGGCUUUUAAUAAUAUAUAUAAUAAUAUGAUAAGUGUCUGAGGUUCUAUCUAUCAGCAGUCAUAAGCUAAGCAAUUUGAAUUAAGAAAUCCAAACGAAAUCAAAUUGAAGAAGGAAAUAAUUACUAAAUGGAAAAUUCUGAACAUUAAAUAAUUUUGCAUUGUAAGUACUCAACAUUUUUAAAGAACAUUGCUACGUGUUGUAAAAUGAACAAUUGCAAUAUUUGAAAGUUUAUGAAAUAGAAAUAAAAGAAUUCAUCGUUCAAUGUAAAGUCCCAAAAUUUACAGAAUUUAUCCAUAUUAUAACAUUUAUAAAAUUUAUCAGAGCAAAUAAGAAUUUCUUCUGACGUUUUAAAAAGAUUUUAGAUGAUUCCUAAGUGAAUGAUAUCUUCCGGAAAAAGACCAGUGUAUAUUAUUGAAUCUAUUUCAAAAACUUUAAUUUUAAUUUUUAAUCCCAUUGAUGGAAUGUUUUGAGGUUGGAAUUCUGCGUUUAGAUGGGCGAAAUGAGAAUUCAUUCUGACGCUUUGGAAUAAUUUUAGGCGAUUUUUAAGUAGCUGGACAAUUGAAAAAAAUACAAAUUUUAACUUUCGACUCAAAUUCAACAACUUUUUAUUUUUUUAAUCUCUAUGACUGGAUACUUUAAAGACGCAAUAAUUUGUAUUUUGAAAAAGAUGCUCUUUAAAAUAGAUAAUAAAAAUGUUCCCAAAAUAGAAUAAAAGUUGUGUGGGAGCCCAUCGUUGUUUCGUUGCUGUUCCUGCUUGCUCAGUUUAUUUUACCUUGAUAAGGGUGGCUAUAUGAGUACCGAAAAUUUGUUGAAUAAUAUUAAAAAAAAAUUUUUUAUUGUGAUAUGAUGAUAAUAAAAAUAAAAAAGAUGAAAGAAAUAAAAAGGAGAAGGAAGGAGGUUGGUUGCCUUCUCGUUUUUCUUGCCUCUUUUUUUUAUUUUUUCCCACAUUUUUUAAAUUUUUUAGGAAUUUUUUUAAAUUAUUUUUGUUAAGAGGAUAUUUUAUCAAAUUACAAUAGAAAUAAUUCAUGCUGAUUGUCGAAAUUUGCUCUGCGGAUUCAUGGUUUUUAUUUUCAGGAAUUCUAUACAUUAACAUGAUUAUUGGACGUUAACCCUUAAAGUAUACACUGGGGUACAGCUUUACCAACGUAGUAAUUCUUCAAAUUUUCAGUAUCCAAAAGUAAAGGAAACGUUUUUUUUAAUUUAAUAAAAAACUAUUUUUGUGUAUAAAAGCACAUCAGUAGAAGACUUACUUAAAUUUUUAGACCUUAAUGCACACAAUUUAAAAAGUUCUGAAUUUUGAAAUGAAAAUACCCAUUUUUUCGCACUUUUUUUAUAUUUUAAUUGUUUUAACAUACUUAAUAUCAAUAUUCAGCCUUAUUAUCUAUUCUAUUUCAUUAAAGAUACUUUCAGGAAGCUACAAACCAAAAAUCAAGUCAAAAUAUUAAAUAGUUUCAUUUUUAUAAAUGUUUUUUUCACUGGGUCACAAGUGUAGAAAGUGUGUACUUUACGACUCUCAGAAUAAGUGUCUAUUUUACAGAUUAAAUAGGAUUUUAAAUUCGACUUUAAUCUCAUUUAAAUUUAUAAAAUUUCGACUGAAUAUGUUUAGCAAAAAUACCAAUUUACGAUUUUCGGCUUUAAUCUUAUUGAAUAUUUUUAUAUAGUUAAAACCUCGAAUUGUAAAUAUCUUAGGCCGAUGAAUUAAUUAAAAUGCGUGGUCGCUUCAGAUAGAUAAAACAUUAAUAAACAUUAUAAGAAAGCGUAUAGGCCUUUACUGUUUUUAUAAGAUACAUUUUCUAGUAAUUUAAGCCACAGCGAAUAUAAUUAUAUGUAAAUUAUAGCGAAAUUUUAGAUUUAAUGUGAAAAUAAUUUUUCAAGUUAAAUUGUCUUCGUGACGUUGUACAUACUUACAUAUUUGUUUAAAACGCAAUUAUACAGACGUACCGUCCAAUAAAAGUAUUAGUACGACUUGAGUAUCAGGUCACUUUCCUAACCACUUUAUUUUAGAUGCCGUCCUCAAUCGCUAUACUCUAAUGGCAAUACGUCCCUCUACAUUUCCUUGUAAACUUACUGUACGUCAUUCUGGAACACGAUCAAGCUGAACGCUCGUAAGAUCUUCUGCCUUGUUCUUGGAACCGGAAGAUCUCAAAGAAAUGGGGUCAUGGUCGACGAAUGAACAAAUUUUCAGGAUAAAGUUUCCACUAGAUGCUGUAGAAGAGGAAGGGUCCUUUUUCCGUGUUCUGUUUGUUCUUGGAAGUGAUAGUUCCGUUCUGGCGAGAUUUAGCUUCCAUGUACCAAGUUGAGAAUAUCUGGACUGGUAAUGAGGAAUGCAAAAAACACCUUCGUUUCCUCAGUUCAUAUGAGGUGGGAACGUAUGAACCGGUCAGAUGUAUGUGAUCUCACUCGGGAUCCUGGGAAUCGGUCGGAACGGACCUGUUGACCAAGUGGCCUCCUUCACAUUGAAGACCGGAAGAGCUUGCCGGACGACACGAUGCACUAAGUUCGAAUUAAAUCGGUUCCAUCCCCGGAUAUCUCAUCUUAUUGAUGAACGAGUUAUGGACGCUGCCUCUUUCAUGUACCUUGUUAAUUGGUUCUUGACCUCUCACAAGACAGAAACAAACGAAGUGAAAAUACUGUUGUUGAUUA